GCAGUAUCGCCCAACGAGGCCUCUCUUCGACCCGACUUCGAAAACAACAACCCAAUAAAUUCUUUGACCGACUUCCAUGGCGACACCUCCACAGACGCCUUCCAUUCGGGCCGUCCCAUACAGCCAUACCGACCGAGUUGCCGGAAGCUACUCGCCGUCAAGUUGGCCAUUCCCAAAAUCGACGAAAUCGUCGUCCUUGUAAGACCGACCGCAUCGCUGGCAAAGUCUAACUUUCUGCUGCUGACUGUUCACGCAGAGACGGUUCGGCCGCACUUACCGCACUUCCCGUUGCGUGCGGCGAUGAGCCCAGGGCUAUGACUAUGGAUCGCACCGACGAUACACAACGUGCUCACCGGGCCACUGCUUCCGCCGCGGGUUCCUUGCCAAUGUCCGACGGUGGCUCUCAGUCUGUUCGGGACCGAGGCGCUGGAUGCCCUGUUCGCGCAGACGCGCCAUCCGAAUCGGUUGAGACCCAGAUGUACGCCCCAGGGUCUGGAACGAGCAACGUGCCCAGUAAGUGUGCCGGAUAGAUCCCCACCGGAUAGGUUCCCAAGAAGGAAGACGAUCUCAUAACUUAACUGGUCUCCUAGACGAGCAUUCCCGUCAGGGCAGCGCGAAAGGCCCAUUUCUCGAGGCCCCGACAGACGUUCAUGGACGUCCGUCCACGCCAACUCCGUACUCGGUGCUGCGCAAGGUAUCCGAAUAUCCUCAGUCCGAGAACGGGCUGAGAGCGGCCAAGUCUCAGGACAGCCAGGAAGAUUUGACGGCAGAGGACCGCUCGGCCAGUGACACUGGCAGGAGUGAACGCUGGAGCGGCUCCGUCUCGGCUCAAGCCACUCCCGUCUUGCGAGAUGAGCAAGGCCGGGUGCUGUCUAAGAUUCACCCGCUCUUGAGGGCAAGCGGUCUCAACAGCGAGACUCGACAUACCAAGGAUACUGCCGCCAGCAGCAAGUGCAGUACAAAGGCAGAGUAUGGCGGAUCCGACGCUGGAACCGGUACUGGCACGUCUCAGGGUAUCGCGAUUUCAAAGCCGGUCGAGGUGACGGAAACCGCGCCUGGCACGGGCGCCGCAUCGACUCGAGACAACA